AUGGUGUUAAAGGAUCCUGGCGUGUUUCUGACCCUUUUCCUAUGGAUUACGGCUUCCUGGGGCUGCCUGGCUACAGCUGCGGGGCUUGGUGCUGCCGCCCGCAAGCAGGAUGAGACUCUUUCUGCUGUCAGUGUUUACAGAGCCAGAUGCACCUCCAGGUGCCUUAGCCUGCAGAUCACCCGAAUCUCAGCCUUCUUCAAGCAUUUCCAGAACAAUGGUUCCUUGGUAUGGUGCCAGACUCACAAACAGUGUUCUAAGUGCCUGGAACCCUGCAAAGAAUCAUGGGAACUAAAGAAAAACCAAUGCCAAAGUUUUUGUGAGCCUCUUUUCCCCAAGAAGAACUAUGAAUGCCUAACUAGCUGUGAGUUCCUCAAGUACAUUCUGUCAGUGAAGCAAGGUGACUGUCCAGCACCUGAGAAGGCCAGUGGUUUUGCAGCUGCCUGUGUGGAAAGUUGUGAAAUUGAUAAUGAAUGCUCUGGAGUGAAGAAAUGUUGCUCGAAUGGAUGCGGACAUACCUGCCAAGUUCCCAAAAACCUAUACAAAGGUGUUCCUCUGAAGCCCAGGAAAGAGUUACGAUUUACAGAACUUCAAUCUGGACAGCUGGAGAUUAAGUGGUCCUCAAAAUUUAAUAUUUCAAUUGAGCCUGUAAUCUAUGUGGUGCAGAGGAGAUGGAAUUAUGGAAUCCAUCCUAGUGAAGAUGAUGCUACAAAUUGGCAGACUGUGGCGCAGACUACUGAUGAGAGAGUUCAACUGUCUGACAUAAGACCUAGCAGGUGGUACCAGUUCCGAGUGGCUGCUGUUAAUGUUCAUGGAACAAGAGGCUUCACAGCACCCAGUAAACACUUCCGCUCCUCUAAAGAUCCAUCUGCUCCACCAGCUCCAGCUAAUCUUAGGAUUGCCAACUCCACUACUAACAGUGAUGGAAGUGUGGCUGUAAGAAUUAUUUGGGAUGUGCCAGAAGAACCUGAUAUUCCCGUGCAUCACUACAAAGUCUUUUGGAGUUGGACAGUCAGCAGCAAGUCAGUUGUACCAUCUAAAAAGAAGAGAAGAAAGACAACUGAUGGGUCUCAGAAUUAUGUGAUCCUGGAAGGUCUUCAGCUGAAUAACAACUAUAUGGUAGAAAUACAGGCCAUAACUUACUGGGGACAAGUACGCCUAAAAAGUGCUAAGGUGUCUCUUUACUUCACUGCCACACAAGCAACAAGUAAUAAAGAUCAUCUUGGAAAAACUAGAAAAGGAAUCACUGAAAUACUUCCCCCUUUUCAAAGAAGGAGACCAACUCGCCUGCUGGAAAUUGGAGCCCCUUUCUACCAGGACAACAUGCUUCAGGUCAAAGUAUACUGGAAAAAGAAUGAAGAUGCCAGUGUGAAUCGCUAUCAUGUCCAGUGGUUUGCAGAAUCAUGUGCCCAUAAUGAAACGAGUGAACCUGAGAAAGCUACUGGUAUGGCCCAUGAAAAUUAUAUAAUUCUUCAAGAUCUGGCCUUUUCGUGCAAAUAUAAAGUGACUGUUCAACCAGCAAGACCCAAGGGUCGUUUGAAGGCAGAAAGUAUUUUCUUUACUACCCCACCUUGCUCUGCUCUGAAAGGGAAAAACCACAAACAUAAUAGCUGUCCUGGUGAAGGAGGUCCAGCUCUUUCCAAAGUGUUAGCGAAGCCUGAGAACCUGUCGGCAUCUUUUGUUGUUCAAGAAGUCAAUAUCACAGGACAUUUUUCCUGGAAGAUGUCCAAAGCCAAUCUCUAUCAGCCUAUGACAGGAUUUCAAGUCACUUGGGCAGAAGUCACCACAGAGAGUAGACAAAAUAGCUUACCCAACAGCAUCAUUUCCCAGUCUCAGAUACUGCCAGCAGAUCACUAUGUGCUGACUGUGCCCAAUUUGAGACCAUCCACACUUUACAGAUUGGAAGUGCAAGUCCUAACUACUGGAGGGGAAGGGCCAGCCACAAUAAAAUCUUUCCGGACACCUGACCUGCUGUCAUCUUCACCUCACAGACCUCAUCUUAAACAUCAUCCACAUCACUUCAAGCCUUCCCCAGAAAAAUACUAA